GCUAUGCAUUCAAGGCUGUCUUGAAUGAGAAGUUUGGCGACGGUAUCAUGAGCGCCAUCGCAUUCCGGACAUAUGUCGACAAGGAGGUAGAUGAAACGGGGAACCCUUGGGUGGUUAUCACCCUGAAAGGCAAAUGGCUUCCUUUCACUCGGUUCUAGACAGUCCACACUUCGACCAUGAUGAAGGCCACGAGGGUACGUUAUAUGACCAUUAUGAUAAUAGCUUCUAGUAGCCAGGUCUGCUUUGCCCUGCGUAUAUCCACCAUUUUUUGUAUGGAGUUCACGAGCCACAGCAACACACCUGGUCACCCAAGGGAGACAUACAUAAUUUUAUGGGACCAAAGGAAGUUGGGCAUGGAUUUCCCCUCCAGGCCAGAAUAUACGCAGAAGGAAUCUUUGAUAUCACCUCGGUCUUAUCGUGCGAAUAUCCUUUUGAGUCCAAUGCUCUGGGCUGUGGGGGCACCAUGGCCGAAUAGGGGCGGAUCAAGGGCGGUGCGGAACAAUGCUAAGAUCAGGAGAACAAUACAAAGACGGGUACCCCCCUUAACGCUAGCCAUCACCAUCUCCAACACCUUGGACACACCCAACACACUACCAUAUCUCCGGAUUUCUUUUUUCUCCGUUUAUGUCUCAUCUUUGACAUGUCUCAAAGAAUUGGCCACCAGAUAUGUUCGAGAAGGGUAGCUGUACAAGGACAAGGUUUGAUGCGAUGCCGCCAGAUGCUUGUCGCCCCGCGACCCACAACCGGCCUCAAUGGUUCCUCGAGAGACGACAAUAUCAAGGUUAUCAUGCUGGGAGACAAUAGCACGUAUGAUGGCCGGAUCAGUGCCUCUGCUACGACACGCCCCCGUCCCAUUGUGCGUGUCCUCUAUCCAAUCACAGCAGAAUCUGAGGCGAGCCUCGAAGCUGCCCCUUCCUUCCAUUCCAAUAUUGCCUUUUUUUGGUGUCGAAGAUCUUGAAAUCAUUGUCCCAGUUUGAGCAUAAAGUGCCCUUCACC